CAACCAAACGGCCAAACCGAAUCAUGUUAGAGUUCAACUUGGCGUGUGGCCAACUCUAAUAUCCACCUCCACACUAAUAUCUUCCCAAAUUGAAAGAAUGAAAAUGUUAGUUUCCUCACAAAUCAGUAAUCACAAAUGAGAACAUUAAGGCGGAUCUACAAAAGAUUUGUCGAUGAGAUAAACUUUAAUCAACCGACAUAACUAAUGAAGUUUAGGGAAAUAAUGUUGCGUCAGAACUCAGAAUAAUCACAUGUACGGUUUCUUAAUCCAACAACACAAAUUUUCCCUUCACUUAAUUUUAUCUACAAAUUUUAUCAAAUCUUUAAUAACCCAAAUGUUUAUUUUCAAAUUGCUUCCACCACUUGCAAUUUGCAAAUCUGUAAUCUUCUUUUCUACUUACAAAUAACAAUUUUUUUUUAAUGCAAUUGCAAUCAAUCUUCAACCUUUUAUAGAUCCCAAAUAGUUAACAGAAGAGAGAGAAAGAGAUGGAGAAAAGGGAAGAAGGAGAAGAAAUGGGGUUGGAGCAACUUCCCUCAGCUUUGCUUGCGACGAUUAUUGCAAAGUUAGACAUGGCGUCGAUCUGCUCUGUUGCUUCAACUUGCCGCACCUUCAAUUCAUGUGCAUCUCACAUCCUUACUUUUCUACCAACUGUUCAUCUCAUUGAUGUUGCACCAUCAAUGGAUCUGUUGGUUCUCUUAUUGCCCCCAAAUCCUUAUCUGACAAGCCUGAAAGUUGAUUGUUGUCGGCUUGAUGACUCCGCAAUUAAGAAACUCAUUCGGCCUUCUUUGUAUGAGCUUUUUCUUCAUAAUUGUGGUGAUUUCAGUGGUAGAUUGCUCUCUGAGAUUGGUGCGCAAUGUCGUGAUCUAAGGUCUCUCUACCUAGGUUCGGUGGGUGACAAAAGAGGUCGUGCAAUUCAUAUUACUGAUCUGGAAGAGUUACUCAGAGGUUGCUGUGAAUUGGAAACACUCAAUCUGAUGUUUGAUGUUUCCACAUUUCUUCGGCAUAAUUUCGCCCGGGCUUGGACAUUGGCUUCUGCAAAUCUGACUUCUCUUGAAAUUGGUUACAUCUCCUCAGUCAUGGUGACAGAAUUGCUCAGUCCAACUCCUGGGCCGAGUCAGUUUAUGCAACAAGACCAGCCACCUAUACUACCAAAUCUUCAGAAGUUGUGCCUUUCUGUAGAUUAUAUAACUGAUACUAUGAUCAAUUCAAUAUCUCAGAAUCUCACAUCAUUGACUCAUUUAGAUCUUCGAGAUGCACCUAUCAUUGACCCGAGGGUGACUUUUGACCUCACCAACAAUGGUCUCCAGCAGAUCAACCAACAUGGAAAGUUGAAACAUCUUUCAUUGGUCCGUAGCCAAGAGUUCCUCAUAACUUAUUUUCGUCGAGUCAAUGAUCUAGGUAUUCUCUUGAUGGCAGACCAGUGUGCGAGUAUGGAAAGUAUUUGUCUUGGUGGCUUUUGCCGUGUUACGGAUACCGGAUUUAGGGCCAUUUUGCAUUCUUGCACUAACCUUUACAAGAUCAAAAUUUCUCACGGGACCCAACUCACCGAUCUGGUUUUUCUUGACAUCUCAGCUACCCCCCUUUCAUUAACUCAUGUUGGUUUGAGAUGGUGUAAUCUGUUAACAAAUCUUGCAAUUACACAUUUAGCCUCAAAUCUGGAUCUUACUGUUCUUGACCUGAGAGAUUGCAGAAGCCUUGGGGAUGAAGCUCUGAUAGCAAUAAGCAGUCUUCCUAAAUUAAAGUCGCUACUUCUUGAUGGAUCUGAUAUAAGUGAUGUUGGAAUCUCACAUCUAAAGGAAAGGGCAGCUACCUCACUAGUUUCACUCUCAGUUAGAGGCUGCAAGAGACUCACAGAUAAAUGCAUCACAGCUUUAUUCACCAGCAGUUCAAAACCUGUGUUGCAAGAAUUGGACUUGUCAAAUCUCCCUAAUCUUAGUGACAACGGCGUUUUACUUCUGGCUAAAAGCCGAGUUCCAAUUUGUGAACUCCGUAUGAGACAGUGUCCUCUCAUUGGUGACACGUCAGUCAUGGCAUUAGCUUCAAUGCAGGUUGAUGAUGAAAGAUGGCACGGGAACUGCCUACGUUUGUUGGAUCUUUAUAAUUGUGGGCGUAUAUCUGCACUCUCAUUCCGCUGGCUAAAGAAGCCAUAUUUCCCUAGGUUAAAAUGGUUGGGAGUGACCGGAAGUGUGAACCGGGACAUGGUGGACGCAUUAGCUAGGAGUAGACCGUAUCUACACGUAGCCGGUCGUGGCGAGGAGCUAGGAACCGGACAAUGGGACCAUCCAGAUGGAUUUUAUAUACAUGACUAUGAAGAAAUGGAUGAACUUGAAAGAUUCAUCUUGGAGGGAGAUGAUGAAAUAAGUGAUGAAGAGAUGGGUGAAGCUGAACAUAAUGAAGAAAUUGAAGAAUGACUGCCAGGUAAAUUUCCUGUAAGCAUCUGUUAUGAUUUGUACUAGAGUUAGCAGACUUCAGCUUAUAAACUGAUUUGUUGUAAUAUUAGUUUUGCUUUUUGUGAAAAUGGAUAGUUCAGCUUCUUGUUUUAAUUAUUGGUCUUUGUUGAAAUGGUUGCAUUAAGUUGUUCCCAAUUUGUACCAUAGUUAUUUUUAUGUGAACUGAUAAAUAAAAAAUGAAAUUCAAAUUUCAUUUGCUUGUGCA